CUCCAUUCUUUUUCUCGUUUAUUUUUUUUUUUCCCCUGAAAAAUCCCCGCCCCCCCUUUUCGUUAUUUUUUUGGAAAUCGGCAGCUCUCCGAACCAGAGAGGAAAAGAGAUCGAUCGAACGAUCGAUCUGCCUCGUGGUUUGCAUAUCCUCCUCCCGAUCGCGUAGCGAUGGCUGCCGCGCCGACUAGAGCUCGAGCGGACUACGACUACCUCAUCAAGCUCCUUCUCAUCGGUGAUAGCGGGGUUGGAAAGAGUUGCCUCCUCCUGCGUUUUUCUGAUGACUCAUUUACCACUAGCUUUAUUACCACAAUAGGGAUUGACUUCAAGAUUCGAAACAUUGAACUUGAUGGCAAGCGUAUCAAACUGCAGAUUUGGGAUACAGCUGGUCAGGAACGCUUCCGGACAAUCACAACAGCUUAUUACAGGGGAGCCAUGGGUAUCUUGCUUGUAUAUGAUGUCACUGAUGAGUCUUCCUUCAACAACAUUCGUAAUUGGAUUAGGAACAUAGAGCAGCAUGCAUCUGACAAUGUUAACAAGAUAUUGGUUGGUAACAAGGCCGACAUGGAUGAGAGCAAACGUGCUGUACCAACGUCACGAGGUCAGGCACUAGCUGAUGAGUAUGGAAUCAAGUUCUUUGAGACUAGUGCCAAGACCAACUUUAACGUGGAGCAGGUUUUCUUUUCCAUUGCUAGAGAUAUAAAGCAGAGACUUGCAGAUAGUGAUUCCAAAGUUGAGCCCCAGGCGAUCAAGAUUAGCAAACCCGAUCCAGCUCAAGGCCCUGGCGAUGCUGCACCGAAAUCAGCUUGCUGUGGAUCUUGAACUCUGUACAUAAAGAAUGCUGCACCCAAAUCAGCUUAUGGACGUGCGGUCAAGGAGUGGAGGAUGUCAUUUCAUAUUGCAAGGGCCUUUAGCUACAUCAUGUGCAGUAUGAUAACAUGUAUUUUGAACCUGUGAGUGCUCGUGUUUCCUACCGUAUUUGGUACGUCAGGCAGCUAGAAAAGUUGGAGUCUGGCAGUCUUUUCUUGCUUUUGUUUCACCUUGUCCGUUUGUUUCUUUUGUUUUCCUGUUAUUAAUUCUCUAAGUUCUUGGAUAAGUGUGUUGUCAAGUUUUUUCUUGGUGAUAAUUAUCGCUCCCCCAACAUGUUGGGGAGCGAAUCGAAAGAUUCCAGAAACCAUUUUUGUAACUUUAGUUUCCAUUGGGUGUGCUCAUUACCAUUUAA